AUGAUGUACGUCCACGUAUGUGACUCGAAUGCGACGCUCGCCCCGGAGGUUCGUCCGUCCGUUUUCCGUAAAUGGACACUCGUCCGGUUUGUCGAUAAACACUGUCGACGGAGACUAAUAAUACGCGUGUGUGCGGUUCGAUAAUUAAAAAAAAAAAAAAAAUUACAAACCGUCGACGGCCCGUGCAUUUCAAUCGCACAGGUACUUGCGUACGUACGUUUUAUACGAGACGAUUUUUUUACCGGACGACGACGACGGCGGCGAUAUUAUAUUCUCUUUAAAAUUUUUAUCGUUAAUUCUCAUUAAUCGGUAUUGCGCGUGAAUACAAUAUAUACUAUACCCAUUUAUUUCUUUGUUUUCCAAUUCUUUCCUGCAGCUGCGGCGGUCAAUAAUAAUUUUUUACUCGAUAGUUUUUAUAACGCGAUUGGUUUUUUUUGUUUUGUUUUUUAAGUUUUUUUUUUUUUUUUUUAAUUACAGAAUACUGGAGCUGAGAAAAGAAAAAAGUCGGGACGCGGCCAGGUCGCGGCGGGGCAAGGAGAACUACGAGUUCUACGAGCUGGCCAAAAUGCUGCCGUUGCCCGCCGCCAUCACGUCGCAGCUGGACAAAGCGUCCAUCAUACGGCUGACGAUAUCGUACCUGAAACUGAGGGAUUUCUCGGGUCACGGCGAUCCGCCAUGGACCCGGGACGGGCCGCUGUCCGCGUCCAAAAACCUCAAAGGUAAUAAUUAAAAAAAGAAAUGUUUUUAAAUCGACCGCGUCUGUUUUUUCUCUCUGUUCGUGUUGAUCAUUCUACGCGUCCGCAUCAUGUGCCGCACAACCAAUUAUCGUCCAAUAAUUAUCUCCAUCUGUCCAUAAAUCCGUCACCCAAUCCGCUACAUCUCUCGAAAACUUUCGUCGCGUCAUUUUCGCAACAUCUUUCCGUCUCGCCCUCGGUCUGUAUACGCCCAACGCGUUAACAACGUGCGACGAGAUAACUUCCGAAACAUCCUUUCGUUCGUGUACCGUUUAAAUAGCUCCCCGUUAUUCGCUUCGUCUCCAAUACUCUUUCUCCUUUAUUCCGCGCAAAUGUUUCGGCCAGCUACUCUCAUUCUCCCUUGCUCUAAACAUGCCCCUAUCUUUCACCAUCUCCUUUUAUCUAACCACUAAUCACUCGUUCACUUGCAGCCUAUUUCUUUCCCGACUAUCCUAACGUACCGACGACUGUCUCGUUUUUCCUUAUUUUCUGUUUCUCCUAGACUACACGUGCAUUAAUUUAUAUUUCAAAUCACGCAAAACGGUUUAUGUUAAUCAUACCAUACACCAUCCGUGUAUUAAAAUUUUGUCCAAAAACAUAGACGAGGAUUACAGUAAUGUAUAUAUGUACGAAUCGGUUUUUUUAAUAGCUACUGUUUAUUUUUUUAUCCGCGAUGUCUGCGCUUGUCGGCGACGGACGUUGCUUUUGACAAUCCUACUAAUUUGACGGAUUCGCGUUCAACCGCACCGACGACGAUCGUAUUGUAAAAUAAGCAUUUUUUUUUUCCGUUUCUUCCGGGUGCGCGAAUACGCAUUCGGGGGUCGGGAUAUAUAAGGAAGACACACAGAAAUAACUUUUACGCUUGACCGGAGUUCAAUUAAAGGGCUGUUUGGAAUUGUAAAAAAAAAAAGGGACCAAACUUAUAAUUUUCGGUCGUAUUCGUUGUUUUAUAGAGAAAAAAAAAACCCAAGGAGAAGAUAAUAACGUGUUCGUCUCGGUUUUUUAAAUUAUCAGUUAUUACCCCUAAAUACUACUUCACACGAACAAUAUGAAUGUUGAAAAUUAAUAACUAACGUACCUUGUGCAAAUAGUUUACAUAAAUUUCAUCGCACAUAACAAUGCGUUCGGCUUGUCAUUACAGAAAGACAAUUAUGUAUAGUAUAGUCGGUUAGCCAUAACUAUUGAUAUCCGUAAAUAAUAAUAAUAAAAAAAAUAAAAAAAAAAAAUAAUAAUAAUAAUAAUCGUUUAAUCGGAUAUUAUCGUUACGACAGAAGACCGUAUAGUAAUGCACGAAUAGCGAAUAUAAAAGUAUACAAUUUACUUUUGAAUUCGGUAAACGUAUAAAACGUUUGCAAUAUAGUCUUCGACAAUCGCAAUUUAUCGUUUCAAACGGUUUGGAUACCGAAAUUUCCAGCUAGACAAUACAAAAGAUUUAAACAUAUUAUUCAUGACGUUUUUAGAGGCCGUGGCCCCUGAAUAUUUCACCGCGGCUGGGCGAGUACGAAUAGGUACACCGGCGGAUGUUAGAUUAUUUUAAUUAUAUUAUAGUCUGUUAGACUGUUUACAAAACAUAACUUAUACAAGUCGUACGUGUUGAUUAAUUUCGGGAGAUCUCAAAUCUCGAGUCUAAUUAUAAUUAAAAACGUACCAACAACGGCAAAACAACUAACAAAGUACACUAUAAACAACAUAAAUUAUCUUUCAAUAGAAGUCCUCGGUUCCGUCAAGUAUACAAUUUAUUUUCAAGAAGCUAGAGAAUAAUUUAAAUUAACGCUCGCUUCGGCGGAAGUCUGAUAUGGAAUGUAAAGUGGCACAUGUCUCCCCCGACAAACGUUAGAACCUUUAGAAACCGUUUGUUGAGGUCGACUAAAACCUGUCUGUAUUUUCGGGAAAAACUCUACUCUGUCCCCCCUGAAAAUUACCGUAUUACCGUGUGUGCGUCGAAAUCCCGUACAUCACGCGUACCGUACACAUACAUCGUAUAGGCGGGUGCCUUGAUUCUCAAACAAAGUCUCGGCUGCACGGACAAAGAAUACGCCACCGCGAAUCUCGACCGCGGCGUUCGACGGCGUAAAAGCCGGCGCGCAAUACCGCCCGCGGUGCAAUACUCUCGAGUCGCGCAACCGUUAUUCGGAAGACCCUGUACAUACGUACCCCGUACGCUCAGUCUCUCGCAGGGCGCGCUCGGAAACGCCGCGCGUUUCGACCGCGUGUUCUGACCGCCGCCGCCGCGACUGCCUAACUCGAUCACCGGGCGGCACGUCUUUAAUUUUUACGAGGCGAUGACCACACUGCCGCCCACGCCUCGCGAACGUCAAUCAAAACGUUACCGCGGCCGCCGCGCGUAAUUCGAUUUCGCGCGUUUAAAUGCGCCGCGGUGAACGGUCAGCUAAAUUCGUUUACCGCGCCGUUUAUCGAAUUAUUGUCCGCGUUAUCGCGAACGUCCGUCGGGACCCGCCCGGGGCUGACAGAGUUUCUAUCCGUUAGCAUUAUAAUAUAACACCGUGCGGUGUUAUUUUUUCGCGCGUCCUAUUUUUCGACGGGUCCAAUCGAGAACACCGGCCGAGCGCAUCCAUAAAUAACAUCAUGCCGACAUUUAUUCGCGACGCCUUUAAAACGUAACGUUCAGGCGCCGCGGACGCGCCCGGAUUUGGCGGGGCUACUGUUUUUUCCGACUGCAAAAAAAAAAAAAACAGAUUUUAUUUUUCAACGACGCGAGCACUAUAAAAUGUUUUCGAUAUUUUUCGGUUCGUUUGACGAUCGGGCCUCCGGGCCGACGCGGCCAAUGUAUUGUGCAAUAUUAUUGGUAUCGACUCGGACGACGACGGCGGUAAUAACGGUAAUAACGAUAAUAAUCGUAAUAAUACAGCGCUGUACGAUCAUAAUAUAUUAUUAUAUGCGUAUACGCUGCGCGUCCCCGUGAGUCCCCGGGUGUGCACAAUACGAAUCUAACUAGCUAAACGUACGCGCAAAAGAGGGUGGCGGACGAUUUGGUUAACGGCGGCGGCUGCGGCGUUAUUAGAUUAACAAGGAGCCGCGUCCGCCCGUCCCACGACACGCGCGCAUAACCCCGCGACGGCGAGCGCGACGUAUACACAAUGAAAUUUGCGUACAUUAUAAACGAACACUUUGUCGCGACCGGCAAUUUGCAUGCGUAAGAGGCGCGAACGCGAAGCCGCUCCGCGGGUGGCUUUUUUUUCGGUUUGGGGGUAGUGGUGGGGGGGGGGGUGACGGAGGUUGGUUCUGCGCCGUACAGGUAUACGGGCGCGCGCGGUCGACGCAUCACGCGGCAGGAGGAGUGCGUUCCCGGGGAAAUUCGUCGGCCGCCCGUGUUUCUAUAAACCUGUACAUGUUGAAAACAGUGUUUUUUCAGGGGGUGACCGGCGGGUGUAACUCCCUCCACACCCCCCCGCCCACGCAAAAAAAUGUAUACCGCCUCCUGAAAAUGUGCGACGUUUAACUUAUUAACGCACGCGGUAUGAUAUUAUGUGAAAUCAGUAACGAUGGGCCGAUUACGAGUUAUCUUAUGGACAAUAUUAUGUACAAAAAAAAAGAAAAAGAAAAAAAGACGGACAUAUAUAUGACGCACGCGAUGAGUAAACCACUAUUGUAGGUGAGAAGUUGGCAAGGUAGGAUAUAGAGGGGAACUGAAUUUACGCAACGGUAAACCAUUGCUAACGAAAAAACGAUUCGGAACGAAGUCCGGUCAUACGUGUUUUGAAUGGCCGUAAUACGAUUUUUGUCGAAUUUUGAAAUUAAAAUUCUUAUAAAAAAAAUAAUUCUACAUUACACUCAAUUUUUUUUUCUGCAACAAAUUACGACCUAUAAUGAAUCGCAACGAAAAAACAAAUUAAAAAUAAUUAAUUUCGUACAUUUUUCAUAUGUUUUUUCCCAAUUAUUAUAAAAACCGCUAGAAGAAUAAAAAAAAAAAAAAUAUAACCAUCUUAUCAAUACCUUCAUGAAAACUUUUUUCAGAAAAGGUACUUCGGUUGAAAAUCGAAACGAAAUUUCUGGUAUAGAAGUUAUUAACAAAUAAAAAAAAAAAAAUUAACAAAUAUCAUUGUAACGCCAAUACGUUUCUCUCUUCGCUUAGAAUUUAAAAUAUUGUGGUUUAUGAACGACCGCAUUUUGAUUGGCUACAAAAAAAAAAAUCAUCGUUGAGUAUGUUUUCUCAAUUUAAUUCCAAGGUUUAAAAACGACGGUUAAAUUUAAAGGUAUUUAAUUUUUAAUUUCCGUCGACCCGUGCCGAGGUAUACCAGUUUUGCAUUCAUCGUUUCGCGGUUAAGAGUAUAGUGGAGAAGUAUCAUUAUUUGUGUGCCGGUGCGUCUUUUACACUUGAACAUCAAGUAGCAUGUCUCGUCAGCGAACUGACGGUAAUUUAAAACGCCAACGUGUAUUUAAACUGAAAUCCCGUUUGUCGAUGGCGAUUUGAUUAUCGGAUCGAAGACAGUUAACGGUUUCAACCCCAGUAAUAAUGGUGACGGAAAAUAACGUUUGCGUGACAUUUUAGAGCUGCUUGUUUCCUAAUAAAUUUUCUAAAAAAAACCAAAUUUCGAAAAUAGUCAACGUUCUCCGGCACAACGAGUGUCUCACUCUAGUGCGUUGUUCAUUCUACAUUGUCCGUUCGUAACGCAUAAUAUGCUGGAGCGGAAAAUGCCACUGUGACGGCGUCUUAACGAUUUGUACGGGCAAUCACGUGGCAUAAGUCAUAUAUGGGGAUACCUACUGAUGCUGCUGCACGGUCCACAUCUAAUAUUAUUGUCUGUCCGUCCACGUGCCGACGGCUCGUCGUAAGUGCCCGUGACGACUGGCCCGUGAACAUACGAUUUUCGUAAUUCAAAACGUUGACUAUUGGUGUUUUUAUUUUUAUCCUUGUCCCGCGGAUUUCCGAUUAAAAAACGCGUAAAAGGUGUUUAUACGACUGUUUCGGCGACUGAAAUCCCGCGAACGGCUUUUUUUUCCGCCGGACGACGUUGCAAUCGGCGCUGUAGUCAUUCGAGGACGCCGGAAAAUACGGGUUUUUUCGCCACCGAGCGUUUGCGUUUCAAAUUGCCCGUCGUCAAAGUCUGUCACAGGGUAAUUGUAAACAUUUUGCUGAGAGAACGUGAAACGAAAUUAAUUGGGAACAUGCAAGAAUAAUCAUACGCACAUUUUUAUAUUAAAUAACGCUCUGUGCGUGUUAAAAAACAAUUGUCAAACUUCACCUGUGACCCGAGUUUAAUCUGUAUCGUACUCGUGUUUCAUAUUUAGAAGACGGUCCUGUGACCUAGAACCAAAAAUAAAAAAAAACGCGUGUUCGACGUCAUCGUCACACUCUCCGUUAAUGGCGAAUUUCCGCGCUAAUUACAUUUAAUAUAUUAGGUGGUUAUACAUACCUAAUCAUAAAAAUGUUAUCGCGUUGCCCGUAUAUGACGUUACCCGUACCGCGAUUAUCAAAAACAUAAUUUCGACAGUAAACGGAAGAGGUUAAGCAUUUUACCCGCGUAACUGACACGCGAACGGGGUAUCAAAUUGAUAGACUUACGUUAUUGGCAGAAUAACGAUAACAGUUUGCGAUUAGACUAUAUAACGGUAGGGCAGAUCCAGAUCCAGAAAGUUCAAUAGGGUUCUUUGCUCCGCCCCAGAAGAGACCGCAGUAUACUUUUUUCUUGUAUUGUGAUAAAAUACAUACCAAGUUUCAUUGUUGUAAAUGACUAUGUCAUUCCUCCUGAAAAUCAAUGUCUGGAUCUGUCAUUGGCUACACUGUUUUUCAUAUUAUACUAUCGUAUAUGCGUUAGAAAGUGAAAAUAUAAACAGUAAGUUGUUAGGUUCUCCUCGGGGUUAGAACAUAUAGUCUAUGUACAAUAAUCACGUCACAGAUUUGAUUGGUAUUUAUACUCUCAGCAAAAUUACACGGAUUAAUUAUUAUUCUUCUGAAUAUAAAUAUAUGUUAUUCAAGCACUGAGUGUCAGAUUAUCCUAUGCCAAAAUCUCUCUGAUAUCUGCUAUCUGUGCGUUUUGUUUUUUUUUUUUUUUAUAUGUUUUACAAAUCUGGUUAUCCGAUUCGAUUGCCAUCGGAAAAUCUAUUCGAAAUUGAUAAUAACGUUGAAAAAAAAAAACCCGUUCUAAUUUAUAAUUUUAAAAAUAAAAAUAAAAUAUUGUUCGUACUCUGUUUUAUAUCCAUGUCCUAUAAAAAAAACCUGUUAUAUUACAAAGUAAAUCUCGACGCAAUAAUAAUAAUAAUUAUGAAAUAUAUAUUGAUCCAAAUUCGAUACUCUGUAUUAUUAUUAUUAUUAUACACUGUCUAUUAUAUUGGAAUAUUCGUGUUUUGUAUAUACUCGGUGUACCGGAGACAAACGAGAAAACUUAUCGUUGAACGCUUUUCAACGACAAUGGAAAACUCGGUUAGAGCUAUUUACGUAUUAUAGGUACAGGUAUGUGUAUAAUAUGAUAUUAUAUAGUAAUUCAGAGCUUUCUUGUUCGGUGGCACAAUAGCUGCUGCUGACGGAUAGCUAUCGUCGCGUAUAGAAAAGAAAAAGAAAAAAAAAAAUAUCGAAAAAUCAAAAUAGAAAAACGAAAUAGAGGGACAAGGACGAAGAAGCGAAAAGAACAAGAGACGACAGUUAGGUAGGUAGGUAGCUAGUAAUUCGUGACUCGUGUCUUGGACAAAAAAUGACAAUUCUUUCCACGGUUAUCAGCACGAGACUCGAGAGCGCAUGCCUAUUAUUGUGUCCAUAUAAUAUACCCACCUAUAGACCGCCAAACUCAUCUCUCUCCACGGUCAAUCAUCCGAUCAAUAUUUAAACCGUAUUAUAUACCUGUACCUAUCAACCGCCACGGCAAUUAUUUUGAUUACAGUCUCGCCAGCACUCGCCAGCGAAAAUUCAAUACACACAAUAUUCUAUCGACAUCAUCAUCGUAGUAAACCAUUGUGUACGGCCUAAGUACAGGGCAGUGUAUACAAACUGGAAAAUAAAAAUACGUUCGCGCCUUCCUCUCUGUAUACUGAUACUUUUCCGGUCUUCCAGCAGUGUAAAAAACACGAUUUAUGACAUUUCGUCGCGAUUAUUUUCAAUAAUUUUAGAUUCUAAGUGUACCGAUAAGAAGCUGUAAUAUUAUAGUUUUACGAAGAAUGGUUUUUGUCUCGGAAAACACUUUUUAGGCUAAUAAAAAUUCUUAGAUUUUGAUAUGCGAAAUUUCCGCUCAGAUAGUAGGUACUUUAUUUAAAAAAUUGUUCGUUUAAAGUUUUUCAUAAUUCACACUUAGAUUUUUUCGGGCAAAACUUGUUUGAUACAUAAUUAAACGAAAUGCUCACAUUCAAAUUCUUCACAUCCAUAAUCUUGAAAGAAACGGAAUUUUCGUCCGGUAGUACUUUAUAAAAAAAAACUGUUCUAGAUUCUGGACAGUUUUUCUUAAAAAUUAAAAAAUCUGAUUGCAAUUUAUUCCACCUAGAACAGUGUCCUACCCAAGGUGCGGGGUAUGUGUUGUUUCAAAAGAAAACCUGUGUCAAAUAUUUUUGUAGCGUGUUUUUAAUUAACUACAAAGGGAAUGAAGUUUAUUGACGAUUUUCUAUUGUUAAUAUAGGUAUUCGAUCAAAAACAUCUAUUCAGCUACGGACAGCUAUUGAAUCGGAUGUAUUCUCUAACGAUUGAAGAAAAAUUUCAACUACCAUCAACAAUUCAAUAAUAUACAGCAUAUUUGUGAUCAAAUUUUCAGCCUUUUAAGGAAAAUUGUGAUUUUUUUUUGACACAAAACCGUAAUGUCUAAUUUGUUUAGUCUUGAGCAUACACGAGAUUUAAUUAUUUGGCGCGUCGCAAUGCGAUAUUCAUAUUCACCGCUCCACCGGACGCUUUUAAAAUGAAUAAUAAUUCCGUGUUGACAAUAUCUCAAUAACCGUCAAAUUUGAUUAUGACUAUAAUUUGUGGGCAAUGCAAUAAUAAUAAUAAUAAUAAUAAUAUACUCGUCAAACAAAUCCGCGGCCGACUUCGCUUUAAAGCGAAUUAAGAGCGCCCGGGGGCUUGUUAUCAUCACAAAGAGGAAUACUUCGGGGUGAGAAGAGUUUAAAACACUACCCGACUGAUUGCCGGGGACCCGUGAAUAAACCUCGCGGAGCUAACUGAGUUAGCGGUGACGGCGACGGCGAGGGGAAGGCUUUAAACAUUCCCCUUUACUCUCUCUCUCUCUCUCUCUCUCUCACACUCUUUUUUUUAUAUUUUUGCGGUUUCAAUCAGCCACCCGCAAAAUAGGGGGACGGGAUUUGUUAAACACACACGCGCGUUACCGACUUAAGUUAAUUUGGAUAACAAAGGUACACAGCUAGUACACACACAUCCCCUUGCCCCUCAUCUCGCCCCGCACACGUGUGUAUAAAUACAUUUUUUUGCGUGCGUGUAUAUAGCGAAGCAAACGCAAAAAAAAAAAUAAAUCGAAUAAAAAGAUACUGCAAAAAACUUAUUUAACAAUAAUAAAUAGCGAGAACCGAGCGAUGAAGGGUUUCGGAUCAUUGAUUUCCAUCGGUUCGAUGGCGGUCAACACUUCUCGUGUUCGGUGAACCGAUAUUUUUUAUCGUAUAGUAAAUUGCCCACUGCAUGUAUCCGUAAAAUAUAUUUAUAUUUAUAUUUUUCGUAUUUUAUUAAACGUAGUUAAAUGUUAUAAAAAUUGAAAGAUAGAAUUAUAUUAUGCGUUAUAAUAUUGAGAAAAAAAAUGUAAUACUGGUCACGGGUAGGCCACUGUAGUUGGUGGGCAGUUGAAAAGGUAUACUAAUAUACAGGAUGAUUUAGGUGUAUACCGAUAAAUAAUAUCAAAGAAGAAAACGGUUCCGAGCGAAGUAGUAUUAUUAGUUGUACGUGCAGUCGUGUUUUUUAACCGUAGUCCAAUUUGACCCAGGAAACAACACAAAUAAAACCGUAACAUCGCAUGGUUGUAGAUUCAUUAACAUACGGAUUAUUUUUUUAAAUAUGUAUAGUACACUCGUAUACCGUAUUAAAUUAAUAUAAUACCAUAUGAAACCGUGUACCUAGUAAAUUCAAUAAACUAAAAAGGUAUGUUAGAAUACUUUUACUUAAAUACUUUACAAACCUGGACUCAAAUGAAACUUUGUACUUUUUAUUUUUAUGUUUUUAAAAUAAUCAAACGGAUUUUCAUUGCAGAACAAUCGUAUAAUAUUAAAAAAAUGACAUAAUUUCGGUACCGCUUUUUUGCAAAUCCUAAUAGACACCAAUGAUAUUGUGAAAAAAAAUGUAUAUAUACAUAAUUCAUAUCGAGAAGUAUACGCACUCGUAAUUUACGAAACUAAUUUCAUAUAAUAUUAUAUUAUUGCGUAUUUUACACGCACUACACUCGUAUUAUAGCGCGCGUAUUUUCCGUAAAAGUUGGGCAUUUUUCCCCUUGCAGGCCAAAAAGAACAAUAAAUAAUUGUUGACACCGCCAGGAACACAUGUGUGUAGUAUGUAGUCGUCCCGAGGGACGAUUCUCCUGCAGCAGCAGCAACAGCAGCAGAGCAAUACUUUAUGAUGGUUCCCGGUGGUAGUGGUGUUAGCCAAUAUUAGUAUUUUGGAAUACGAUAUAGGUAUACUUACUACGUGAUGUCUUCAAUGUAGGUUUCUUUUUUCUUUCUUUUUUUUUGAAACACAGAAAUAUUGUUUGAACGUCCAAACGAUUCAGAAUAACGUUCUACAACGGUGUUUUCGCACAACGGGUACAACGCGUCUAAAAAAAAAAUUUUUUUUUCAUUCCUAUGUAAUUGGUUAAAUUUUUAGUAUUCCAUCAAUUUUCCCUUAUCGCGUAUAGUUUUCUUAAGCUACAUAUGUGUAUUUGUUUCGGUUUCUCCCAUCACCAUAUGUAUUGCUUUAUACGAACGACGUCCUUGGUCCUCCCCAUCCCGUCUUUCCGUCAAUUUUUCCUUCGAUUAUUGCCAUCGCCCAAGCGGUCUUCCUCAUAAAAUGUCCAACUCACCUCUUUCUCCUUUCCCUAAGCGUGUCCCACGUCACAUUGAUUCCAAACAGUCUAUUUUACGAAUAACCUCCUAAUUUUUUAUCCUUUCUAUCCGUGAGAUUUUCAGAGCUAUUCUCCUGUAGCACAUUCCAAAAAGACAUCAAUUUUGGCUCUCUUGGCCUUAAUUAAGCCAACUGUCCAAGUUUCGACUCACGCUCUACGAGGAUUUUUUUGAUAAGAACUCCCUAAACUUUGUCUCGUCUUUUUGGCGAAAAAGUUCUCCACUUUUAAAGAGACCUUAUUUUGCAUACGUAAUUACGCCAUCCUACUUCUUACGUCCGUCGCAAUUAUUUCAUCGCUUGUGAUUUUGUUUCCUAAAUAUACGAACUUGAUAUAUACGCAGAACUGUAUAAUAUUAUUACAGCCAAUCGCUCGAUUAUUAUUAUUAUUAUUAUUAUUAUUAUUAUGAUACCGGUUGAUAAAUAAGGGAGAUGUGCAGUGCUAUUAAUACCGACACAACUGUACGGACGGAGACGACUGUUUGUUCAGAGUAAACGACCGAGCAUUGCUAAAUGAAAGUCGCGAGGGAGCUUAGGGGACGGAAAAUGUUUACUCGGUCGAGGAUUAGGAUGGACUUUUCUUCCUUUUUUUUGAUUAAACCGAAUACGUAUUUAUGUAGGGGGCAUAUUAGGACUGUGCGGCGUACAUAUAUACAUAUAUAUAAGAUGGUUAAUAUUUGAGGGAUACAAUGAUAUAACAACGAUAUGAAUUUGCGCGCGCGUUUAAUGAACAAAUACACAAAAACGCCGCGACAAUAUUGUAUUAUUAUGUACUUAUAUACGAUUAAUAAUAAUAUUUGUAUGUUUCAGGGGCCUCAGCUCGAAAUAGAUCUCCUAGCACUGUAGCCUUGGAACUGUUCGAACAGCAUCAAGGCACGCACAUACUUCAAGUAAGUGUUCACGUACAAGAAAUAAAUAAUACCUAAAGUAAUACCACUGUUUAUGGUCAAGUAAAAAUACAAUUUUUUUUAUAUUUUUUUUUUUUUUUUAGUCUUUGGACGGUUUCGCGUUCGCGUUGGCUGCCGACGGCCGAUUCCUAUACAUAUCAGAAACCGUGUCCAUUUACCUGGGCUUAUCACAAGUGAGUAUUUCGAAACGCGAGACCCGUAAACGCAAUAUACUAGUAUAAGUAUGAUCAUUAUAAACGGCGGACAUUAACGCUACAAGUCAAACAAAUUCAAAGUCUAAAUAAAAAGUUAAUUUUUUUUUAACUUGGUUAAGUUUCGCAGUACAAACAUUUUAUCCAGUCGAGUAGACGAAUAUGAGUAUACCUAGGUUUUGUUUUUUUUUGGAAAUUCGAAUUUACAUUAUUGUUAUUAACAUGGGAUUUGCAUUGAUCGUGUUACAUUGAAAAUACGAUUUGGUUUAUUUUACGAGUUCGAACGUUUGUCGCGUUUGUAUUAUUUUUAUUUUUUACAUUUUAUCCUAAAAGUAUAGUAAUUAUUAUUGUUCUUUUUAAUUUUCAUUAACUCGCGCCCAAGCAUUUGAUGUCAAUACAAAUUAUGCUGCAGUAUUAGUAUUAUUAUUACUCGCGUUAGGUGUUACAAUAAGUGUAUAAAUAUACGAUUCCAACGUCGUCGCGCAGCAUUUAUACAUGUAUUAUUCAUUUUCCCCCCUAUAAAUUCGAAAACGGCACGCGGAGUCGGACAAUAUUGCGCAGUUCAGCGCGAUAUACUCGAAACAAUCGCGAAAUACUUCGCACCCUCGUAAAAUGUCACGUUUAAUCAUAUAUAUUAAAUUACGGUUGCGAUUUAAACAAAACGACGACGUGAUUGCACGUAAUUAUAUGCAGCAGAGUCCAACACUCCCGUGCACGGGUGGAUAACGCCCAAAGAACACUUACUGUACUUAAAGUUGGUGUAAGUAGAUAGCGUAUUAUAAUAUCAUAAUAUGUACGAUAUAAACGACACAACUAAUUUAUAAUGGUAUACACACAAUCGUGGUUGUUACGUCCUCAGUUUUUUGAAUUUUUUUACGGUUCUUCGAUUUCUUAUUAUAGGUAGGUAUAUACGGUUUCAAGCGACACUCCGCUGCGUAACUUAUACAUAGGUACAAUUGCCACUCGAUUCUCGUCACUCCGCUUUUUUUUUUUUCGCCAUCGACUUCUUUUAAAAUUAAAUUGCUUCUGAUUUAUUAUUAUUUUUUUCAUUCAUUGUCACGCGAAAUACUUUUUUUUUUUUUUGCGUAUUAUAACGUUACCCAUUGUCUCGGAAUGUAUUUUAUUAUUUUUUCUUAUACAUCAUAUACGCGUGGUCCGUAAGAAUCGCUGUCAACCGCCGCAGCGAGCAGAAACACCGUACGUCCGUUCCGUUUUCGCGUACGCUACCAAUUAUAUUUGUGUAUUGUCGCGUACGACAUUCGGCCCGCCGGAAAACGAUCCGUCCCAGUCCGGUCGCAUUCGACGCGAACAGCCGCACCGUCCGCGCGCGAAAAAAACACAAACGUUCCGCGCAACGCGACCCCGUACGGACACGCACGGCGCCGCGUCGGACUGCGUUUUUUAUAACCCAGGCGAAACCGGAAAACUAGAGUCCGCCCGCUCUAAACGUGGAUCUUCACACGUCCUGUAAACUAUUGGUUUUACAGCGGAAAUCCGAUUUGAUUUAAAUCGACUGCGCAAAACACGCGCGUAAGUGUAUCGGCGAUCCAUAAAAACCGAGGGCAUCUCUUAUCUCUGUUAAUCUCAAUCAACAUCCGUCAUAAUUACGGUCAUCCGUCCGAGCCCGGCCGUUUUAAUUGACGAGACGAUCGCUUGGUCGCUCGACCCGACGCCGGCGCUGCGCCGUCGGACUCGCAUCCGCGAAGCGAGUUUCCGGGUGAACGGGAGUGUGUCGGACGGGCGCGGGCGUACGCCGCGGGGAGGCGAAUUUUUUUUUUUUUUUUUUAUUUUCUAACCCGCGCGACGUCCGUCGGCGCCGCGAAAACUACGCGUGACACGCGUUAUAACAGCCGCGUGUACAGUUUAACCGACGAUGACGACGAAAACGCCGAAUUUCUCGUCAGAGCGCGCGCGCAAUAUGUAACGCCGCGGUUUUUCCGCCCGUACCUGUGCGGUGGCCGCGCCCGAGGCGGUACGCGACGCGGUGUUCGCCGCCAAGAGGCCCGGAACGGGAGAGGACGAGGUAGUACGGUACGUAGGCGUGCAUACGCGGAAACAAUCGUCAGUUUCGCGUGUACGUACGCACACGCGCCCAGGUACGCAGACACGAGCGUGUGUAUAGGGAACCUCCGCCCAACCACCGGCGAGACGGCGUACACGUCGGUACGUAUACACAUACGUACCGAUACGUACAGUGUUCGCUACGGCCGCGUCAAAAGCGCAAAAACCCCGUGACUCCCUCGCCGCCGCCGCCGACUGUGUAUACGCGCGCGGCCUUUGCGCGUAGCUAUUGAUUGUGCCGCGGCCCGAGAGUGUACGGAAUUACGAAUGAGGAACACGCUCGCACGGCUCAAGUGUACGUGAGUCGAAUUCGAGUCGGGUCCGGAACCCGCCCGCGCGACCUUUAAAACCCGUCCGCCGCCUCCCCGCCGUCACCGCCGCCGUCGCCGCCGCGGAAGUUCGCGGACCGUGCGCCCGGGACCCCCUGCAGCACGUACGCACCUAUACAUACGUAUACGUACACAAUAUACCGGCUCUAUAAAUUAACCGUGUAUACGUAUUGGUACGCGGGCAACAACAGUGACGGACGGCCGGCGAAAGAUUUUUCACCGAAAUUCGCACACCGUUAUACGGUAUUUACGUGUAUAUAAUUGCCGACGCGCCGCGACAUCUGUCCGCGAAAGAUUAUCGCGAUCGUCUGCGUCCGCGCGUGUUGUCACGAGGCUAGGCGUGUCGCGCGGGCACGUGCAAACCGCAGUCGAACAAAUUGAAAUCUCGCGGAACGAAAACUCGUCUGGCAGUUGUUCUCGUCCGGGCGGCAUAGGGUUUACGGAAAAACGAUAGGAGGAUAUUGUGGGUAUAACGCAAUGCAGCAAUACCAGCGCCGUUUUAAAACGUGAUAAACUUCCCCGAGAAGCAGCAUUUAGGUGUUUUAAAUAAACACCUGAAGUCCGAAACUCCUAGUCGUUGAAAAAAAAACCGCGUUGAAUAAAGGAGGAAAACGAAGAAACGUAAAACGCUAUGUCGGGUAAGUCACGUUUCGGAGUAGGAAAGUCGCGUGACGGAUUGCAUGGUACUUCGGAAGGAAACUGUUAGUGAGUUAGCAACAGUGAAUGAAUAUUUUGCCUUUCCUCUCAGCCGUUUCUCUCACCGCUGUAACCCUCGGGUGUCUGUCAACCGGUUACAUUGGUUUUCUGUGUUAAGUAUAAAUUAUAACUGACAAAAUCGCCGACGACGACGGCGGCCAUGACACUCGCCACCGUAAAAAUAUACCCUGCUGAUAUUUAUCCAUCCCGGUUUCGUAUAUUAUAAAAUAGCUAGGAUUAGACGUUACAACUAAUUGAAUUGGUAUGUUAUUAUAUUUUAUCUGCAGAAAUUACCGCCCCGGCGUGAUAUCUAUAACACCCGCGCGAUUUUAACCCCCGGAGAAAGCUGUAAGAAACGGCAUUAAAUUCGUAGGAAUUGGAUUUGAAAAAUGUACCGUAUCGAAGAAAAUCCGUAACUCCGACGCCCCAAAAUGAAAUUAUAUUUAUCAUAGUUUGAACCGGCCGCAGGUGCGUGCAAAUAAUCUUGUACGGUUGGGGAAUAUUUCUCUAAUAAUUUUGAUACGCGUAUAACACGAAUCAUUCAACAUUUAGACCGGAUACGAGUAGUGGAGGACGUAAUGCGACUUCAUCGUUUCCCCUUCAACAGUCAAAAUUUUAAACCGUUAUUUUAACCCGUACAUCACGGUGUCCGAUCGGCGGUACCAAUGUUCUCCAUUCGAAUCUGCAGUGUUCAAGAGGAGAGUCGGGGCUGGUGUUUAAAAAUCCAAAUAGGUGUUUCGGUCGUUUUAGGAUGUGCAAUAAAGAUACGGGGAAAAAAAUCGCAAAACGGUGGAAAACGAUUGAGCAACACCACCCCCCCCCCACCUUCCCAAACAAAAUCAAAAAAAAAAAAUGAUAAUAAUAAAAAAAAAAUCUGAUUCCCUUAAAAUCUCCCGGGAAAAUCGCCGGAUCUCGGGACAAGAGAAUCGCGCGUUGAAACAGAUCAAUAACGAGAUAAACGCGACGGUAAAAUUAUUAUCAAUUUACGGAACACGUUCCGCGUUUCGGGCAGGCGGGAAAUGGAUUUACGGCGUGGGGUACGCAGCAAUGAGCAAAUAAGCCGCACGACGUGCAAAAGCGCACGUUAUUGUGCUUUCGACUGAACGUUCCACGCGUUUCAGGUGGAGAUGACGGGCAGCAGCGUGUUCGAUUACAUACACCAGGCAGACCACUCGGAACUGGCCGAACAGCUGGGCUUGGGACUGACCCAGGGCCAGGGCAUGGCGUCGCCGUCUCCGAGUAGCGCCGGUUCCGAAGAGGGCAGUUCGAACGUGGGCACGGCGAAUCCCGACGGUAAAUAUAUAUAUAUAUAUGUUUUUUUUUUUUUGUAUUUUCGCGCGGUUUUUUUCCUUACGUAUAAUAUUUGGACCUUCACGAUUUAUAUAUUUGUGUGUGUGUGUGUGUGUGUUGUAGACCGCCACACGUUUCACGUGAUUAGCCACACGCUCGCUCGCCCUGAGUGUUUUUUAUCGCCCCGUCACGCCGUAUAGAACACCGAAACGCAAUCCAAUUUAUAACCAAAAAGAGAGAGAGAAAAAAAAUAAUAUAUAUCUAGGUAUAUAAGUAUAGGAAAAAAAAAAAACAGGUCCGAGGGAAAAAUUAGUUCGGUCCUCUUUGGUCGCGACGACGACGGACGGCUCGAGGAUAUCCGAUAGCGCGUGACGGAGUAUUUUUACGAAUUGACGCGGGGGCCGACGACGGCGUUUCCAUAACAUUACGGCUCGGCUCCCGUACUUCGUUUUUCUAUCGCGCGUACAUUUUUUUGUUGUUUUUUUUUUCUCUCCUUAAUUCUGUACGACAAUACGGCCGUUCUUGCGCAAACACGCGAGUUCGUAUAGUUGUAUUUCGUAACAUGAUAACGGGUAAUGGGUAAUGGGUAUAGGCGUCAUUACGCACGCCGUGGUAAAAACUAGACGUUUUACGGGCAAAAGACGGUCGCUUUCGCCGUUACCAAAAAACACGUAGUAGUUUUUAUCAUUUUUUUUUUUUGUUUUUCAUUCCCGCCUUUUAGUUGUCGGUCGAUUUUUUUAGAAAAACCGUUAAGAAUUUCAAUUAAACCGGAAUAAGGUACCUAGGUUCUGAUUUCUAUAUACGUACCGAUAAUCCAUAAUCGGUUUUCACACAUAACACUGACCGCCGCAGCCCGUCGUAUAUAAUAUAAUAUACGCCUAUGCUUAUUGUUCGGAACAUUAUAAUGUCGGGUGGACUCUCGGUCGGGGCGGGCGCAAUGAGGAAGCAUGGAUCAUUAGUCUAGCCACAAACAGUCGUGACUUUACUUCUGGAACACGUAAUCGUAUAUAAUAUGAUUUCUGGUAUCCCAUGGCAGUGUAACAAAUAAAAUAAUAGAGGUAUACCUGUGCCUAGCUGUAUCAUCAAUAUAAUGGAUCAUCAAAACAUUAUCGGUUUUUUUUUUUUUUGGACAACGCUAACGUUAUACGAACGAUCGAGAUUUUCGAAUAGGUCACACGUGAGUCGUAGGGUAUACCAUUACGUAUUACAAAUAUUAUUUUCGAUGAUGCGCAAAAAGCGACUCGUAAAUUUUUAACUGUCGAAGAAUAAUUCGUUCACUGGCUACCUAUUUAAAAUUGUACAACGGAAGAGUUUAGCGAUUUGUGUUUAUGACACCUAGCUAAGUUUAAUCUUAGACAUUUAUAGUCGUAAUAAAACGAUACAAAUCGCAGUAUCCAAGUAACAUUUGCCCCCGAUUUGAACUGAAAAUCAAUAGGAGCCUUCUUCAAAGCCUAGUUGAGCUUUCGUUUAUAGUGAGAAUCUCGUAAGUUAAUGGUAAGACGAUCGUGUUUCGUUUUCAUAAAUACCCGUUUCGAAAUCAAAUUCCGAAAUCCUUUUUGUUUUGCAUACACUCCUGACGACUCCGUAUGGAUUAUUGGAUUUAGUUUGAUUUAAAUAUCAUUGCCCGCGGACACCGUUAUAACACGUACAAGUCGAUCGAAAGUAAAUACGCAUUGUCACUGCUGGACCGCAAUGCACGGAGGUCACUCUUCUACGGCUGCGCAACGCAUAAUAUAAAUCGGACAUUUAUUUGUAAUAUUAUUUUCAGUUUCGUCGGUGAUGUCGCUGUCCAGCACGAACGCGUACAAAGGCUUGGACAGAGCGUUUUGCAUUCGAAUGAAGUCCACGCUGACCAAACGCGGUUGUCAUUUCAAAUCAUCCGGAUAUAGGGUGAGUGUGCACGUGUACAUGUAAUAUAUAUUUAAACCUCGUACACUUCUAAUACGGAUAUUAUUAUGCCGCCGCCUGUCCGGGGUGCGCGCGGGAAUUGUCCGUUUUCGUUGCAUUUUCUUAUCCCAUUAUAUGUAUUAUAUACAGUGUGCGUACGAUGAGAAUUCCCUUGUUUUUCCGAGGGGGAGUCGCGCGUAAUUUUCAAACCGGAAUCGAAGUAAAGGGUUGUGUAUGAGUGUGAUUAUAAAGCUCGAGAGGACCGCGGAUGAGUAAUGCGCGUCGCACCGGCUAUUAUUGUGCACCGCGUCGCGAUGACGGCGAGUUGCGGAUCGACCGCGGCGGGAACGUUCCGUUAAAUUUUUGCCGUACGGGUCUGUAGGUACGGUUACGAUUGCCUUACCGAGCAACAAUAAUAAUAUAAUUGUCGCCUGCGACUUUUACCGCUGCCGUAAAUCGACCGGAUCCGUCUUCGGGUGCGGGGAGUUGGUUCGAAACAACGCCGCGCGCGAUAAUUAUAUUGGAAAACACGAACAGUUGUUUGGACGAGCCGCGGUACAGCCCCGGCGAAACCGCAGGGGAACGCGAAAUCGAGACGAGGUGUGCGUAGGAGCGCGGCUGUUGCAAGGGUUGAAGGAACGCCCGACCCCAUCGGAAACGGAUGAUUCAUUGAAACCGCUAAAAAUUAGUACUUUUGUUCGAGGCACUCGACGGUUUUAAUCGGAUGAUACGUUUUCGCGGGCGCCCGGAGCGUUUGUUUUCGAUCCGCCGUUAACUACGUAACAACACACCGGUGGCGGUUUACGGGACUUUUCAUUUUGUGGCAAGGGCCCUUCGAUAUUAACGCACGAUACAUUUAACAUACGAAAACUAUUCGUCAAUUUAUUUCAUUCUACUCGGGUACACGUUAAUUUUACUGUAACAGAAAAUCCACUUUUCGUGGUCUGAACCCGAGGUGUCUGGGGGGUGGGGGUCCGGAGGCCCCCGCAAAACCGCCGCUGAACUACACAAUACGCAUAGCUUAUAGGCGGAAUGCACCGGAAUGAGAAAACAAUAUACAAGCCACCCGAAAAAAAAAUCGUAAAUAAAUAAAUAACAGACUGCGGCGAUCGGACGUGCAUACAAUAUUAUGCAUCGAACGAAUAUUGUACUUGCCUUGAGAAUAUAUAAAAAAAAUUUUUUUUUUUUAUUUUUCAAUAUAAUAUUAUACGCGAGAGCGUUCGCGUAUCGUUGGACGACAAACGACUAUUAUCAUUUUAGCGAACACCGCAGUCGACGGUGCAUAAUAAAACGUACAUAAUUUAGCAACUUGUAUCACCGCAGAGUUGACCACCGCGCGUAUAUUUAUACAAAUGCGCGUACGUGUAGUUACACGUGUGGCGACAAUGGCACAUUAUUAUAAAGAGAAAGCUAAAACGAUAAAAUUACAUUAAUAAUUAAUGUAUCACACUAUUAUACCAUAAUGAAAACGAUAUUAUGAAGUUGCGAUAACGUGUAAAUACGACUGGGUGUUAUAGUAGUUUUUAUUAUUAUUAUUAUUAUUUUUGUUUUUUUUUUUUUGAUUUACGCAUCAAGAGUUCCAUAUAUUACACUGUACAGUCGAUAUUAAACACAAAAAAUAAAACAAAACGAAUCGAUUUCGAUCGAUGAGCUGUCAGUUUUACAAAUUGCAUUAUUUCAAUACAAAUACCAAGAGAUUAUAGGUAUCCAGCAGUAACCCCAUAAAAAUCCCGUGUAAGUUCACGUUUGUAAACGCGAAAAAUAUACCGUUAGACCGCGGUCGUUUUCAACUGCUUCAACAAACAGUUUUUUCUCGCGUGAUCAGAAAACCGAACGAUUAAAAAGUGUGAAUAGAAAUUGAAGUUUAUUGAAAAUUCGGUUUUGAGAUGUUAUCGCGAUCUCCCAUCUGUGUACGUUUAAAACCGUCAAAUACGUGCUAGCACCGGUGUCGUGUUUGUGGUUAGUUUUUCAUUUAUUGUAACGAAAAAAAAUUGCAAGAAAUUAAAAAAAAAUAUCACAUAUGUAUUCAGUGCGCCGACUAGACUAACCCCCCCCCCUCCGUCUUUGUCGGUUUACGAUCGGACAAAAUCUUUUGGUCGAAAACUUGUUUACGGAAAAAAAACCAUCACAUCAUGUAUAGUAAAACAAAUUAAUCUAAACGAUAAUUUUAAAAAAAUUUUUUUAAUAAUAGGUACAUAACUCUUUUUUUUGUGUAUAACAAAAUAACAAAACAAAUUACAAAAUAUAACAACAGUUCAAAUAUAAACCAAAGGAUCAUCCGAAAUAUCCGUGUACCUUGUGGUUCACCUAAUUACCGUUACCAUCGGGUAUAACCCCCGACUUGUGUUUAGGGUGUAAUUUUCUCCGAGAUUUCUGGUUGACUUCCGAUGGACCCAAAACAACACAACAAGAUCAGUUUAAACAACCGUGGAUAAUUAUCUAUACACUUGGGUACUUGGGUCCUGCCUGUAAAUCCUACCGUUUCUCGUUUUUUUUUUUUCAUUAAUUUAACAAUCGCAUAUAUAUAUACGGAUAUGUGAAUGAUUUUUAGGUAUUUUUUUUUUAUAUAUAUAUAUAUAUAUAUAGACGAACAGUUCUAUAAUCGGUUUUCUAACGUCUGGUUCUUUUUAUGGUUUUUUUUUUUCUUUCUUUUAAAUGAUCCUAAUUAAUUAUAGUUUGACCCGUGAACCGUCGGAGGCCGUAGAGGGAGGACGACACCCGAUAAAAUAUAGUUUGCACUGAAUAAUUUAUAAUAUACCGAUAAGAACAAUAGAAUACACGAUUCAAUAAUAAUAAUAAUAAUAAUAAUAAUAAUUGUGCGUGUCGCUCUGCGGUCGAUCUUUUUGUUCGGAGUGUAAAAAAGAUAGAUAAAAGAAAAAAAAAACACUACGACGCGACACUUUGUUGUGUACAGUGUAGUGUAUAUAGGUGUAGUGAUAAUUCGAUUCACGGUAGGGGAACAGUAAAUUCUAGCGUGAAACGUCCGAAAAAAAAAAAACCUACCGACGUUACGAGCGAACGUUUAAAAUAAUAUUUAAUAUCAAACUCAUAUGUAUAUUUAUAUAUACACAGUAGUGAACCGAAAAUUGAAUGACCGGUGUACAGUAUAGGUACCUAUAUAUAUACUGCGGGCACUAUAACCUAUAGGCGGACAGCCGACUUGAGACGAUCGCCAGGACGUACAAAUCAUAUCGCUAACCGUGAUCGUGAUGAGUGUACGAGAGACGAACGCCUUGUUUUUUUUUUUUUUGUUUUUUUAUGUCAUUUACGUGUCAGAACUGUUGAUGAUGUCGCGUUAACCACCGUUUUUUUUUUCACACGCCACUAUAAGUAUAUAAUAUAAUACCACUGUAACGCAGCCUGCGUUACAAUAAUAUACUACCCGUACUACGGUAUCCCCGUACCAUAUAAUAUUAUAUCAACAUUAUACAGGUACGCGACGAUAUGAAGGCGAUUAUAAAAACCCGUCGACAAGUACGAUAAAUAAUUUAUUACACUUACGUAUAUGUAAUAUUUAUCUUACGACGACCAUUAGUUUUUAAUUUGUCCGGGUUUCCUACUGUCGUUAUGUUUGGUUUUUUUUUUCUUUUAUUUCUACUCGACGCUAGUAUUUAUUUAUUUUUUCAUCCCGACGAUGUGCCUUGUGUUAUUGUACAUACAGGUGGUGCUGUUGAUCUGCAGACUGAGGCCGCAGUACACGUUUUCGCACAACCGGAAGUGCGCUCCUCCGCUUCUGGGGGCCGUGUCGCUGGCCAUCGCCCUGCCGCCGCCCAGCGUGCACGAAAUCCGACUGGAGACCGACAUGUUCGUCACCAGACUGUACUUCGACUUCCGGAUAGCCCAUUGCGAACCGAGGUGAGUUUGCGAUUAUCGCGUGUACCGGUAAAACUGCGAAACGAUUGUCCGAUAAUCGGACAAUCUAUUAUCAUUAGUUACACGAGGACGUUGUAGUUUUAAAAACACGUUUCCGUCGAACCCAACCGCAGUAAUAAUAUAACACACGUACAUUGUAAUGAUGUCGCCGUCUUUGGUUUUGAAUCGCAGGGUUGCGGAAAUAUUGGACUACACGGCCGACGAAUUGACCGGCAUGAACAUGUACACGCUGUGUCACGGCGAGGACGUGGGCAAACUCCGAAAAUGUCACUUAGACCGUAAGUACACUCUAUUAACGAACGUCAAUUAAUUUCCAAGUCCAUUUCUCGAUCGAAAUCGAAGUUGCGAGAUGGUUCCCUUUGAGUGAUACGUAACUUUUUGUCGAUAGUAUUUUUUCACCGCCUCUGCGGCUUAUUAACUCGCGGUCAAAUUUAUAUUUUUCGAGAAAACUUUGAUAAACCAAACUUUCUGGUAAUAUAACACAGUCAAGUCCGGAGUAUUACAUUUCUAAAAACGGUUUCCUUUACUGCCACAGAAAAUACGACCCAUGUCCAAAUGUUUAGACUCGGAUCUUUUGUCAGUGUAACGAUGUUAUCCGGUAUCUAAUCUAUUUGAUCUGGGAAAUCUGGACUUUGACGAUUAAAUUAUGAUUUCGCCAGACGAAUAAAAUAAUAUACAAUAUCAUAACAUGUAUAGAGACGUUAGGAUUUCGGUUAUCUUUCAGUUAGCGAGCGUUGGCGUAGCAACGAACCAAUAGUUACUUACUUCCAUAAAUCUAUAAUUCUCACAGUGUCCGGGUAUUGAAACCCGUUAUUUUAUGUGAAACAUGAAAUCUGAGCAUAAAAACGGUUUGAGAGGGGAUCGAAGGUCGAAACCACCAAAGGGCGUAUCCAUGAUACGUAUACACGGUGCGUAUACAAAAUAAAACCUGGUCUCAUUUGGAGGGUCUGUAGGGGUGUAUAAAGAUAAAAAAAAAAAAAACAAUACAACUUCCUCCCGUAACUACAUAGUGAUAGGUUAAUGUGUGAUUCGGCCGGAAUGUUAUCACAUUAAUUGAUCUACAAAAAGAAAAAAAAAACGUCCAAUUUAGCCCUGUUGGUCUAAUGGGAGUCGCUAAACGUGUCCAAAAGUACCGGGAAAAACACAGUGCAAUGCAAAAUCAGGCGCAAUAAUCUUUAUUUUCCGGGGAACAUACGACAAAAAACGUAUGAACAAUUUCACACAUUCGAUAGAAAAUCCUUAACAGUUUUUCUUCCGACAUGCUACGGCCGCGUUUCCGCGGUCGCUGAAAACUCCCCCGGAACCAUUCACGCCGCGCACACAACGUGUACCGCGUUAAAACGUACGGGUUUUCCGACGAUAUGCGAAACGUUUUCGCCAGUCGGCGGCCCGGCGCACCGAGGGUCCCUGGAGCGUUUCGCUUUUAGGGGUCGCCGUGCAGACGUGAAAACUGAAGAGGCCGCGGUAAUCAACGCGAUGUUGCAGGCUCGGACGCCGGUAUUAUCGGCCGACCGUAUUGCGUAGACAAAUGACAAUGGAUUUGGCGGCGACGUGAAUUUCCGCGGCAUUUUAGUUUCCGGUAAAAUAUCGGCGCGCGUACAUGUACACUGGCUCGCGCGAAUUACCGCGGUAAAUGCCGAUCAAUUAUCGUUCGACCGCAACGGUCGCGGGUCGCUAAGGCCUAAACAGUACAGCGCGUGUAUUUACGUGUAGUUACGCAUUCGUCUGUGCGCCGAAAGACCGCCGGCACAGUCAAAAUGGUGACGGCCCCGACACCGGUUGUCUUUUGAGCCGCGGUGUCGUAUAAUUUGGUUUUUUUUCAUUCGAGCGUAGAUUGCCCCCCACAGGCGAUAAUAGGUGUUUGGCCGCGUACAGUGCAGCGCGCCACGGCCGAGCGACGAUUCAAACCCCGCCCCUAGGCGUUUUUUUCCGGCCGCCGCUACGUCCGCUCGUAACACGAACGGACGGACGGACGCGCGCGUCUGCUAAACGCGCGCGGGUCGCGCCGGCGGGGCGUCUAAACGGCGGCGCGGCCGUUCCGCGCCGUACGGCCGACAGGACGUACGGCCGGAAGAACGCGUCGCGUAACAAAACGAUAAUGUAAUAAUUUAACGUGCGCGCGCGCGCGCGCGCCAUCAGUAUUCACGACCGCGGCGGACGCGUACACGGAUAAAGACGGCGGCGCGUUCGGGUACACGCGGGCACAACGGGUGUAGCGGCCGUGUACUACGGUCCCGCCCGAACGUCACGACGAUAAUAUUAAAUACCGUACCGGCGACGGCGUUUGUUUUCACCGAAUGUGCGUUACUCUUUCCUUGAUCGUCGCCGGCCGCAGCGGUCCGUCCGCGGGGGGCGGGAGGGGGGGGGGUGACUGCGCGACGGCCCCGGCUCUCUCCGCGCGCCAGCGCUCGCGCGCGUCGCACAACAAUAGAACUGACCGCCGCGGCGGCGAUAAAAUCUAACGCGCGUCCGUCCGGUGCCGCCGCGCCGUGUCGUAAAUAAAAUGGGAAACUCCCCUCCCCCUUCGCCCCCCCCCCAAACCAAACCGUACGGACGUACGCCGGCGGAGUGGGCCGGUGCCGGCGCGGCGGUCCGUAGGCAACGCGGUUACGUGUAACGAGCGUCGCGUACGUACGGUCGCCAAGAGGAGGCGGGCGGGCGGGGCGGAGCUUCCGGUGCGAUACCUGCUCGGCAUAAUAUCGUUUUCACCGAGUAGCGGCGCGGUGUCUCUGUGCGCGGGCGCGCGCUCUGCCCGCCGCCGCCGGCCGAAGAGUCCGUACCUAUAAUACGCGUACAUAAAAAUUAUAUUAUAAUACCGCCCCGCGACGCGAUAACCGUACGGUGUAUCGUACAGCGGCGCUUGUGUUGUUCUGCGGGUGCAGAACGGAACGCCUCGAUAAGUCGAACUCCAUGGGAAACGCGCGUUUUUUCGGCUAGUCGAGGUUUUAGGGAAAAAAACUUACGGCUCGGAGAGUCAUUUAAAGUGUAUGCGCGUAUUAUGGUUUCUGAUUACCGUACAGUAUAACAAUUACAGUGUUUAUUGUUGUCGUUAUUAUUUCGAAAUUAUAUUGCCAAAAAAUUAUUAGGUUGACAGUUAUGGGGCGCACGCGCCGAUUAGAUAAACGGUAAACAAUGCCGACGAAUAAUCCACAGUUUUUAUUUCGAGUAACUCGGGUUCUACUGUAUUUCUUUGAGGGAUCGAUUAAAACGCGGGUGCCUAUACCAAAGGCUAGGCAAGUUACUCAGCAACUCGGUCACUUAGUCACGUUACAAUAGUUAGGGUUACUUUUUAAAUCUGUUUGUCAUCACUUUAGUAAUCAUAAUAGUAACUCUUCAAAAAUUUACGAGUUACAGUGACCGGUUUUCGGAAGUUAACUUUCAUGAAUUGAUGUUAGAAACGAUUUUUCCAUACUAAUAGCACGUCAUCAAAAUGUUAUCACAUUGUAUUAUGAAAAAAAUCAAGGUUUUUCUUAUCCAUCAUGACACCUACGUGUCAGGAGAAAAAAUCCUCAUUUCAAGAUAUCGGUGACAAAACAAUGAAAACUAAUCUGUAACUUUUUUGAUUCAAAUAAAAAGUAACUUUACGAGUUACUCUUAUACACGUACAAAAAAACUAAAAGCGACUUACAAGUUGUAAAGUUACUGAUUUUUGUAACUCUGUAGCUAGAUGGAGCCCAUCUUUGGUGCCUAUUUAUUAACGCCUUGUUAGUUUCGGCCUGAUUUAGGUUUUAUAGGAUUGCCGAAAAUCAAACAUGCCGGUGAGUAUAAUCAAUACAGCGAUUAAUAGAUCUAUCGAGAAAUCGGGAUUUUCCUAAUUUGCUCCAGCCCGUACUUAAUUUUAGUUUUCAAUUCGUUUAUAAGUGUUCCAUAGGUGCAAAUAUGGAGGGGGGGUUGAGUAAACAAAAUAAAACAAAAAAAGAUUUAUUGAAUCCUAACGUUUCGUACAAUAUUUGAAAUAAGUUAGAUUCAAAUUAUCUCUGAAAUUUUUGAUUCAGAGACCGUUGAAUUCAGUUUCCGGUAAUAUAAAAUAGCCUUAUACGUCACAGCGCGUAGAUUCGUAAAGUUACAUUAAACGUUUUGGUUUAUUUUUCUGUGAUGUAUUCCUAGUAGGUAUCUACGCACAAUUCGAUUUAUGCGAAUCGAAUUGUGUAUACCUACAACCUACUUCUUCAAAAACUUUUUAACAAAAGACAAAAAGAGAUUUAAAAAGAAAAAAACGAUCUGCAUACCGAGUGUAUGCACUGAGAGUAAAUAAGGUGUUCAGAAGUGGAAACUAGAAAAUAUGGGUACGAUACACAGACUAAUUAUUGAAUUUAUAUCUAUACUCAACGGUAAAUCGUUGCAAACGAAAAACGAUUUUGAGCGAAGUUCUGUUAAACAUGUUUUGAAAUGCCGUCAUAUUUAAGAUUUUCAUCAAAAUAUAAACUUUAAACCCUUAUAAAAAAAAAAAGAUUAGUUCUCUCGUAUGAGAAGCAAGGAGCGUAUCGAUGACACAUAAAACACCUAUAGAUUUAUUUAAUGUUCUUUUUAGUUCGAUUUGUAUAAUACGAUAAACACAAUAAUAUGUUACACGCAGUGCUCGUUAAUAGUUAACGAAAAAACCACUUACAACACUAUAUUACAGGUUAACUUUUUGGUUACGUAACUUUCAUUUUAAAUUCUACUAUGACAAUAUUAGUAUUAGGGAUGUGUAGUUUAUGAGUGAGUCGACUGUUUUUAGUGAAUUUAAUGAAUUGAAUCAGUGUGCGCAAAUCAGCGACUCGGCAAUGCAGUACCAACACUGCAAAAUCACUAAAUCAGUGACUCGGAAAUUCAGUGCCAACACUGUAUCGGGACAACUGAACUGAGCCUGUAAAUGAGUUCAAUCAGUCAAGUCACCACUUCCGAAUUUCUGAAAUUGUCGUCUUAUCAAUAAGUUCAGUGUAAUACUGUUGUUCCUAUAGAAACACGUCCAGUUAUCGUCAAUGUGAUUUGAUUAAUUGAAUUUACAGGUUCAAACAAUAACUUGUUAAGAUACGAUUUGAUUUAUCAAUUGAGAAUUAACAAUUUGAUGAGUUGACUUGACGAGUUGACUCAUUUAAGUGAAUUUAUUCAUCAAAGUGAGUCAUAAUUCCCAUCUCUAAUUACUAUUAAGAUUCCACAAUAUGAUACGACGUGUUAUUUUUUCCCGGUCUAAUUGGUGUGAUCAGGAAGUAACUUUUUAAUUUUCUUUGUAAUAUCCAUAAUAAUGGGGAAAAUCCGGGAAAAUUGUAAUAUUCUUCACAAUAUAACGAUUACAGCUGUUAUAUGUUCGAUUUUGUUCCGUUUUCAGUGAAAAUUAAUCGUAGAGGCCGAAAAGUUCGCUGAAUACUUAUGAUACACUCUCCUAUUAUUUAGCUCUUUCCAGACAUGGUACAAUUUUCGAAACAUUAAUUAAUUUCUCGUCGUUUAUAGCUAUUAGAAUUUGUUUUUACUUUUUUUUUUUUUCUAGGUUUUUAUUUGGUUUUAUGUGAUUAAAACUGUUAUUUCGUGGGUAUUGGAACCAAUCGGCGUACAGGAUUAGCAUAGGGGUUCUCUAACAAUAUACGCUUGUACGCAGCAUUGCUGGGAGACUCGCAGAACCUUAGCCAUGCCUCUCACCCCCCCCCCGAAAAAAAACUCAUCCGAGCCCUCUAAAUCAGGCGAUUGUCGUGUAAAGACCACUCGGCACAUAACUAAUAUUGAUCAGUAGCAUUACGCGACGUAAAGCCCCGCCCGAAAUACUUGCACUGUUUGCGCCUAUACUCGUCCAGGCCGUGACAAAUCCGCCCUUGCUUGCUUCGCUAAGUAAGGGGGACCUACUGUUAUUUAUACGUACGGGUCGCGACCGCCGCAGUUAUAAACGCUACGCGCGUACAUAAUACACAAUAUUAUAGUAUUAUAUGUGCAUUUUGUUCCCGGACGUGCACAUAAACCCAUAUGGAAUGUUUUAAAACGGGGGGAAACAAAAGAGAAAUCUAAUGGUAACCUGGUAGUAUAUAGUAGUCGCCGGGUAUAAAAAAAAAAAAAAAAAAAAAAAAAACGAAACAAUGUCCGUUUCGUCAUAUCGUUGAAUAUAAUAAUAAUAUAAUAUUAUACUGAAAUUAAUUCGUAUUACAUUAUGGCGUCGGCGUCGUGCGCGCGUCCCGAAAUCCGACCGUAAAUAUUCCACGCGCGAGUCGCAUAGUAUAUUAUGACGAUGGCUCUCGGACAAUAAAAAUAUUACACACAAUUUACGAAUCGGAUAUUAUUAUUAUUAUUAUAUUGUUGUCCGUAUGAAUUAUUCGUCGCGUGUCCCCGCGGCUCCGGUGCGCAUUAUCGUGUACACUUGAUCAUACGUACCUGUAUAACGUAUUACGUACACGGUUAUAUAAAACCAUUAGAAUAUUUCGUCGAUGUUUGAAAACGGUGAGUGACUUAUACACCGCGGUUAAAACGAGGCGUCCGAUACGCGUAUAUAAUAUCUGAUAUUUUUCGGGGGGGGGGUUGAAGGGGGUCGUACACUGAUUUCCCAGAUAGAGAGAGAGACAGAGAGAGAUGCUGCUGAAUGUAAAAUGUCGACGAAUUUAUUGAAGGAAACCGCGGGAGGGGGGUCCUGAUCGCCUAAAUCCCCGUCUGCGUGCGCCGCUGUUUACACGAUAGACAUGCGAGCGUAACUAUUACAUACCUAUAUACUAUAACACACGCGCGGUUUUCGAUUUUCGAUUUUCGGUUUAGAGAUUCACAACUAUACUACUAAAAAUAGGUACCCGGUUUUGAGUCAACAACGAAGAAAACAAAUAUAAUAUGGCGGUGAAACGAGUAGACGAGUACCACACUAACCACUACCAUUGGAACGAGUUCAAAUAUUUCAUAACCGCCAUUAAUUGUCAGAAUAACACGCAUGAAGAAAUCAACAUAGGACCGAGUGCUGCUAACCAAUAAUUUUACACGUUUUAAUCAAAAUUAUACCGUCGAGGGAAAUAAUAAAACAACUGCUAUAAGUACAGCUAAUAAUGAAUAAGUUAUACCAGACCUGUGUUUACAUAAUAUGCGUAUGUCACAUGGCCCAUGGGUGACGACAAGUGUCGAUGAGGAUUAUGGAAUUAUUAUUAUAAGGAACCAACAAUGCCGAGCAAAGAUGAGUAAUCAGACUUGUCUGUAUGCGAAAUGUAUAACAGACAAUAUUCGGUAUAGUUCAUCGGAGGAAUAGCAAUAAGGACAUCCAAAAGGUUUAUGAAAUUCGCAUGAAAACAGCAUAAUUGCGCGUGGUGGUAGAGAAAAGGUCGAGGGGAAGAUUAAGUGACAGCGUUGAAAAAUUGUUAGAAAAAUCGAAAUGUAAUGGGAAUCGGCAUAUCACGAUAAAAAUCGUCGGGAGAAAGUUGUUUUGGCGGCCAUAGAGUUUAAAUGGCUCGUAGUCAAAAAAAAAUAUUAUUUAUAUUUUUAGACAAUGAAUUAUCGUGCCCGGAUCCCGGCAGUGGCGUAUUCAGAUUUUUUCGGAGUGCUAGACUGUUCACCAAAUUAUAUGGUUUUUUUUUUCUUCACGCGUUUAAAACGGGUCGUAAACUGUGCGUGAUAGCCAAUAGGUAAAUAAUAUUACACCCUGCUCAAAAAGUUUAAGUCAGACACGAGAGAAGACGAUUUAGGGGCAGAAGUUAGACAACCAAAACAACACCACACAUAUCUCGAUUUUCGUCGAGUUACACUCGUUGAUAUAUUGAUUGUGUUUGUGUCCGAUACGCGUUUACGACCGAUAGUUUUUAGCUAAAUUAUUUUUUACUGCCUACCCAAUCGUUUGACACUCAAAUACGAAUGUGAAAAUCGUAAAAUAUCCCGCGUUUUUGUUAAAUACUCAAUAGUUAAUAAUAAUUAUUAAAAGAACCGUCUCUCCCGCAAAUAUAAAAUAACGGCCGAUUAAACGCCAAUAAGAGUAAAAUUAACAUUUUUUUUUUUCUCACGAUUUUAUAGUCAUCAACAAAGGCCAAAUGAUGACGCACUACUAUAGGGUGAUGAAUAAAAAUGGCGGUUACACUUGGAUGCAGACGUGCGGUACGGUCGUGUGCAACUCGAAAAACGCCGAAGAACAGAACAUUAUUUGCGUCAACUACGUGGUCAGGUAAGUUUUGGAUUUUAUUAAAAAAAAAAAAUUUAACCCCACACGCCAAUUAGGCGUGUCCUCCCGUUUAGUAUUCACAACGUUCGCCGACUAUAAAAAAAUAAAAAUAAAAAUAUACGUAUAUAUACGCGUAACAUUAUACAGCGGACCUCGGCGGAAUAUUGAUCGCCGCCGCUAUGUACACGCCGUGUAUUACACGUUAUUAUUGUUAUGAUUAUUUAUUAUGACGAUUUCAGUGCCAGAGAAUACGACAAUUUGAUAAUGGAUUGUUGCCAAAUGGAAGAGCACAUUAGGCAGAGGGUGGUGAAACGGGAAGAGACAGGUGGAAAUGACCCGGAGAACGGUUCGCCCGACGGCGACGGAGGCGGUAAGUCGUUCGCGCCAUCGUAUUAUUAUUACACUUUAACGAUAAGAAAAAAAAAAAAAACCGUCUUCGGCGGCGGUGCUAAAAAGAUCGGGGGAGCGGCGUGGUCCGAGGACACGGGGUUCGGGCCGUUGAUUUUUUUUUCACGCCACGGACCGUCCGUGUCUCUGUGACCUACGACACCUACGACGGUGUGGUACGAAUAGGUCCGUCCCCUUGGCCGCGCCGCCGCUGACUGCGUUACCGGGGUUACCGCGACGCAGACGUGGUUUUCACCGCACCUACUUGUAUACCUACCUGCCUGUAACGUAACGGUCGCGCGUUUUUCCGCAGACGGACGAGGCGGAAAUCCGCGACGAGACCAUUUGACGCCGGCCGACUUGGACGACGGACAAUCGGCGGACGGACACGGCGACCCGACCAGAGGCCGAAAUCACGUAGACAUCACGCAACUGAACAGUACGCCUCCUGAACGACUACACGUGAGCGCAUCCGUAUAUAUAACUACGAUUUGUUACGAUAAUAAUACCUAUAUAAUGUAAUGAUUUGAGAAUUCGCCCAAAACUCAUCGCACUACCGCCACUAAACUCCUAUAUCCCCAUUGCGUCUAGUCAGGGCCGGAUUCAGGGCUGUCGAGGCUCCGGGGACAAAGAAGUCGGGGUAAAAGACUGACCAGAGACUGGCUCUCGGACGGCUAUUAGCAGGCACGGGUGAAGGGGAGGGGAGACCCGAGAAAUAGGCGCCCACAAACAAGGUUGAGGACUUUUUUUUUUUUACAUCUCAGUUGGAUUAAAAAACAUACAAUACUUAAUCUCAAGAGUAUAAAAAUUAAGUGAUGAUUAUUUUUUUUUCGCUUAUUUGUUCCGUUUUAACAGAGUAAGGCCCCGCAACCAUUAACCCGGGGGUAUGACUUUGAGAAUUUAAAACUUUUUCCUCGAAAUCGUGUUGAAUUAAUUACAAAUCGGUCCAAGUUCGAAAAGUGCCUUUAAAUUUUAAUAAAUUCGACCCUUCUAGUGAAUCAUAGUUUGUAAUUAAAAUUUUUUUUUUUUUUUUUUCGUAACAUCGCCACUACCGUAUACAUAGCAAGCGCUUGAAGUGUUCUCCUACCAAAAGACGACCACUUUCUAUUCGCUUUUUUUUUUCUGUAAAACAUCCCGUUUUUAACAUAUCCGGUUUGUUCCGUUUCAGUUGAACAACAAUACCAACGGCGGAGUGGGAGUGUUGCAGGCUAAGAAAUUGAACAACGACAAGCGAAAAGCGCACAAAAGGAAGAUAGCGGAACUAUUGCAGCCGCGAGACGAGGAGAACAGCUGUUGCAGUAGUUCGGAGGAGGAGACGGUGGGCCGAAAACAGCAUUUCGCCAGCCUCAGUCCGGCCUCGUCAUCUUGUCAGUCUACGUUGCCGCCCAGCCCAUCGAAAACCAAUGGCGACAACUGCAAGAGGCCCACAACCGACCCGAACGCCGUUAAAGAGCUCGAGCACGCCAUGUCCAAGCAUCUGCCACCGGCCACCGCCGGCGCGGACUGUAACAAGACGUCCGCCGGUACGACGCACCAACCGCCGACAGAUUUUAGUACCGACGCGCUACUCAAACAACAACAGCAGAAGAGUACCAUCCAAUGGAUCGGCGCUCAUCAGCUAGGCGCUCACCAUCACCAUCAACACCAUCACCAGCAGCAGCAGCAGCAGCAGCAGCAGCAGCAGCACCAACAACUUCAGCAACAACAACAACAGCAACAGCAACAACAGCAACAGCUCGUCGCUCAACACCAACACCACCAACAACUUCACCCCGGGACACCGAACAACCUUCAUCACCAACACCAUCACCAGGGGGCCACCGGAACGCUGCCCGCUUCCGCCCUGCUCCGGCAAAUAUACGCGAACCGCGAGUCCGUCAUUAGGGCCAACGUGCACGCGCCCAGGUCACCCGGCGGAGGCGGCGCGGGCAUCGGCGGCACGGCCGCUUACUACGCCGGCGAAAUGAGUGCGCUGCCCACGCCGCCGGGCAGCGAGGGAGGUUACGGCGAACAGCAGUUCGGCCCGCAGAAGAACGAAUUCGGCGGCGGCGGCGGUAGCCUGGUGGUACCGCCUCCGUACAACAAUUACGCGGACUAUCAUACGGCCAUGACGCCGCCGUCGUCCGUGUCGCCGCGCGACAAACACCAGCACCAGCACCAGCACCAGCAGCAGACGCAGCAGCAACAACAGCAACCGUACGACAUGUACCAGUACGGCCAUCACGCGGAGGUGACGUCGUCGGCCGGCGGCGUCGGCGGGGCGCCCGCACUGCCGUUGAAACCGCAACCGUACAACCCGGUGCCGCCGCCGCCGUCCGUGUCGCUCGAUCAUUACGAUCAAGCGGCCGCCGCAGCGGCCGCGGCGUUUUACCAUUCGGCCGCCGGCUUUCAUCUGUACCAUCCGUCCGCAGCGGCCGCGGCCGCGGCCGCCGCCAAAUCGACGAUGGCCACCGGACCGCCGCCGCCGCCGCCGUCGUCCGUGUACGCGGCCGAUUCGUUGAAGAACCAUCACCACAACUGGUACUCCACGCCCACUUAAUGGUAAAUGUCGGUAUUCGUGGUAAUCGGGCGGUAAACGCGUUUAUCGUGACCCCGCAUGCCUGCAUAAUAUUGUUAAAAUAGAUAUAGGGUACACCGACGAAUAGGGGUUGUGUACUUAUUGUUCAGAUUUUCACUGCGCUGCUGUACGUAUAUGUUCGUUUGAGACUGUAAUGUUGUCAUUAUUAUUAUUAUUAUUAUUUUUUUUUUUUUUAUACACACAUACUUAGACUUAUUAAGUGUAUACAAUAAAAUAUAGGAAUAUUAGAAAUACACUAAUCGUACGACACCGACGAUUUUAAUACUGUGUACAAUGUAACGUAUACGUACACAUCACGCCUCGACGAUCGUAGUCACGCGUAACUCGACGAUUUAUUUUUAAAACCAACACGUUUUUAUAAUACAAAUACAGUCUUGGGCAAUAAAGUAACGUAUAUUACGGGUAAAUGUAAUUAUUACGCGAUUUAAUUACAUUUUUUUUUUUUUUUUUUUACAAAGCAAUAACGGUGCAACUUGAACAAUUACAAGCGAUCUGUUAACGAUAUAAACGGUUAAAAGUUCGCCCUGUAUUAUGGCACGCCAUGACCCAGUAUUGAGGAGGCGGGGGAGGGGGGCCGAAUUUCGGGUCCACGGCGGGCGACGGGCUUCUCGUCCUCAUCAUCGUCCUAAUCGGAAACCUAUUAGUCAACCCUUAUCUAUUACUUUGAAGACAUUAAUAAAGAAUAAUGCGAAACGCUACGAGUUCCAAACCCUAAUCGUCAAUGAAUUGUAAUUGUAAUGCUUUUGUAAAGUGACUUGGCCAAGACUGAAUUCUAAAAUACGACGUGGCACGUGUUGCGUAAGUUUGGGCGUUUGCACAUGAAUACUACGCGCGUUGGACAAACUAUAAUAAUUACUUAUAUAAUAUCGUUAAGAUUACCUAUACAUACCUUUAUACGUAUUUUAACCAAAGAUAGUUUUUUUUUUUUUUUUUUUUUUGUAAGUGUUCAAUUCCAGGGGUCGUGCUGAUUUUUAAUUUUUUUUAUUCAAACGAUCACGAGUUCUAUCUAAUAAACGCCGGUUUCUCAAACUGCGGGCUAUUGUUUUCAACGAAGAUUGACAAUUUUGAUAUCUUACGUUUAUUUUAAUUUUUGGUCUGAAACGUGUUAAUCAAAACGUUAUAUAAUUAAAUAAAUCUAAAAAUUAAAUUUUGUAACAUUUACACGUUAUUCAUAAUAUAGUUUAAAAACGAUAAUUAUAAUAUCAUCAUGUCUCGUAAAUAUAACGGAACUACCCACGCUGGUAUACGUUUGUAAAUACAUAUUAUAUUAUAUUAUUUUAUACGUAAGAAUACGAAAUAGAUAAUAGAUGAUGACGAUAAUAAUAAUGUAUAUUGUGUUAAGUUAGGCAUGCGUAUUAUAAUAUUACAAAACAUCAUAUCAAAUUUAUUUUUAAAAAAGGUGCCGAAGACAUCGAUUUAUUUCAGUCGCGCACUCAUUUGUAUUAAUCGUAAUUCACUGGUUAGUUUUCGAGGUGUAUUCGCUAUGUAGUUUUAAUCCGUUUGUAAGCGUAAAUAUUAACAAUACGAUUGAGAAUAUUACUUUUCACAAUAAUUAAUUUUUUUUUUUUUUUUUUUUAUAUAUAUACACAUAUAUAAUAUAUAAAUGGAAAUUGUGCAUUUUGAAAAUGCGUUAGAUACUUAGUUAAUAUUAUUUCAUUAUUAUUAUUUUACGUUGGCUCAAUUAAAUUGUACAUAUGUAAUUUUUUAUAUACAUAUAUAUUAUAUGUAUUAUGUAAUAUAUUAUAUUACUAUUAUUAUUAUUAUUAAAUAUUAUUA